AUGAACCUCCGUCUGGAGAUCAUAAACGACGAAGCCACGGCCAAGGCCGUCGUGGAGCUGCAGAAAGACGAGGGCGCCCGAGCGUUCCUCAAGAUCAUCGACGACGUGGUCAAGGCGCAGGACCAGCGUUACAACGAAUCACAGACCAACACAGAGGCCAUGCAGGCAGCCGCCAAUGAGGCUGCCGGGGAGAUGGCAAUACCUCGUCAAAUGGGUGGGCCACACACCCUCAUGGCAACCAGCGACUGA